ACCCCAGGGCCUGGACGGCAGCCUGGCUGGGUCAGUCCUGGCCUGGCGGCCCUGCUCAUGGCUGUGUGGGUCCAGGGAGGCCGCCGUGGCCUGCGCGGGUGCCUUGUCGCCAGCAGGCUGCUAUGUCCCCGUUUCCAGAGUCGCGACCCUCAGGGCGUGGAAGACGGGGACAGGCCACAGCCUUCCUCGAAGAUCCCCAAGAUCCCCAAGAUUUACACCAAAACAGGAGACAAAGGGUUUUCUAGCACCUUCACAGGAGAAAGGAGACCUAAAGAUGACCAGGUGUUUGAAGCCGUGGGAACUACCGAUGAAUUAAGUUCCGCUAUCGGGUUGGCUAUGGAAUUAAUUGCGGAAAAGGGCCAUGCAUUUGCCGAAGAGCUUCAGAAAGUCUCCCCCCCAGAUCCAGUGCACGCUGCAGGACAUCGGCUCGGCCCUGGCGACUCCACGCUCCUCGGCCAGGGAGGCUCACUUAAGUCCUCUGCUCCUCGACUGCGCAGAGCACGCGGCCUUCCAGGCAGGGCCCAUCCUGGAGCUGGAGAGGUGGAUCGACAAGUACUCGGACCAGCUCCCCCCACUCUCGGCCUUUAUCCUGCCGGAGGCAAGAGUAGCGCCGCGCUGCACCUCUGCCGGGCCGUGUGCCGCCGAGCUGAGCGACGCCUUUUCAAGGACCUGCCGAAUGUCUGCCACACCCCUCCCCAGCUACAGAGAAUGGAGGUGCACUCCGCCUCCGCACGGCCACCUGCUGUGCGGACACUGACCUCAUUGAUUCCUCGUGAGAACCCUGAACUAUGUGGUGGCAACCCCACUUUACAGGAACCAGGAGACGGGCUCAGAGAGCGUGGUGCCUCUUGUCCAGAGGGGAGAGACGGACGCCAACGUGGCCAAGUUCUUAAACAGACUCAGCGACUAUCUCUUCACGGUGGCCAGGUACGCGGCCAUGACGGAGGGGAACCAAGAGAAAAUAUACAAGAAAAACGACCCGUCGGACUGAGACAGAGGCACUUUGAAAUAAUGCAGCAGGCAGCUCUGCGGGCCCCCUGGGGACAGUGGUGCAGUUUGCUUUCCAGCGUCCUGGUUCCUGAGGGGCUUUGCCUCACAGCCCUGCCACCUCCCUCAAAGGACCACGGCCCCUGAGAGUCCUCCCCUGCUCCCCCAGGGUGUCCUUGGUCUUAGAGGAGGUGGGAAGGGGCUCAGCAUUGCAGAAAAGAGAGGUCAAGGGCAGCGCAGAGAGGAGGAGCUGUGCAGGCAAAAGAAUAAACGUGGGAAAAGCGGAAAAGCGGGAGCCUCUGUGGGU